AUGAAGAAGAAGAAAACAAGCCUGGGACCAGAAGAUGGAUAUUCAGGAGCCAAUGUGAAGGACAUGAACUGGCAGGGAGCAGGUUCCUCUCCUGUUUGCAUUUUAGCAAAUUUGUCUGUGACUUCAAAGCGCAGGAAACCCAAUGCUGAAGAGCAAAGUGGAAAUAAGUAUCAGCUCCAUCUUGAUGACGUCUGCUUGUUAUCUGUGAUGGAAACGGAUCCAGAUGAUAAAGUUACUGCUCAGCAAUCUCCAGUGAGACUUUCUGGUGGAGACACUGAAUGUGAAGGGUUAAUAGAAGUGUUACAUCAAGGAGAAUGGAAAGGAGUGUUUUAUAUAGAUAACAACAACAAAGACAUUACCGCUGUGGUUUGUAGAGAGCUGCGAUGUGUCACCCCAAAUGUACAACAUUAUGUGACCCGAGGAAAUAUAUUUGUGAAUGAUGACAAGAGGAUGGUGGUUCUAUUAUGUACAGGAGGAGAAACAUCUGUGUCACAAUGUAGAGAAUAUCCAGAUGAUGUAUAUAAUCCUGUAUAUAUGAUGGGAGUGAGAUGUUCAGGUCACAGAGAAUACAGACUAGUUGAUGGUCCCAGUCAUUGCUCAGGACAUUUAGAAGCCCUCCAUGGUAAUACUUGGGGAUCGGUUUGUGAGAUUGACCAGGACCUUAAAUCGGCCAAUGUACUUUGUAAAGAACUUGGAUGUGGAGAAGCAGUACCAUCAUUAGUCACCUAUACAAGAAGACCUGGACCAAUAUGGACAGAACAAAUCCAUAAUGUUGGUAAUGAGUCCAGACUGUAUGACUGUUUAAGAGAACCUGGGGUAGAAGGAAACUGCACCAAACCAAGUCCUCCCUCUAUCGACUGCAAAGGUGGAGGAUAUUUUGGGGAAUAUAAUGUUACUACCACAUAUAGAUUUCAUUGUACAGGUACAGAAUACCACCUGGAGGACUGUGAUAUAACUGCACUUGGAAAUAGUAAAUGUCCAUCCUGGGAUACUGCUGGAGUUACAUGCACAGGAGAAAAGGAGAUGAUGAGGCUGAUGGGUGGAGAGGACCACUGUGCAGGAAGACUGGAGAUAUUCACUAAUAAUACAUGGAACAGAGCUUUCACUGACCAAUGGGGCAUGAAUGAGGCUCAGGUUGUGUGCAGAGAAUUACAUUGUGGGGAUGCAGUUGGUUCAUUUAAUAUCACAGUCCCAACAACAACCAAUGGUCAUGUGUAUGUCAGUGGAAAUUGUCAAGGAAAUGAGACCCAACUGAUGGAUUGUACUGAUACUGAAUCUUCUGACAUAAGGACAUGGACUGGCCAACAAAAGGAGAUAGAAGUCAUCUGCUCAGAAAAUAAGCAGCUGAGACUGGUAAAUGGCUCUGGUCGAUGUGCUGGAAGAGUGGAGAUUUAUCAUAAUGGAAGAUGGGGGACGAUCUGUGAUGACUCCUGGGAUGAAGCAGAUGCAGAUGUGGUUUGUAAGCAACUGGGUUGUGGUUCUGCUGUCAGGGCUACAAGAGAAGCCUAUUAUGGGAGAGGAACUGGGGACAUCUGGCUGGAUGAUGUAGAAUGUGAAGGAAAUGAAACACACAUCUUGAAGUGUCCUUCAAAGACGUUUGGCGACCAUGACUGUGGUCAUAAAGAGGAUGCAGGUGUCAUAUGCUCAGAAUUCUUGGAUAUCCGCUUGGUUAAAGGAAAACAUGAAUGUGAAGGGUGGCUGGAAGUUUAUUAUAAUGGAAGUUGGACCUCAGUGUGUAAUAAUGUUAUGCCAGACUUGUCAGUCUCUGUUAUCUGCAAACAUCUGAACUGUGGAUCAAAAGGACAACUGGAUGUAAGAUAUGGUAUUAGAAGAAGACCCUUCUGGGUGGAUCAUAUUGACUGCACCAAGCAUAGUAAACUGUUAUGGGGAUGUCCAUCAUCUCCAUGGAAUAUAGGAUCCUGCCGUGUAGACAUUGCUUAUAUAAUAUGUGAGGAAACCAGAAAACCAGCUCAGAGGAGCCCAACAUAUCAGCCGUGCCCAGAUAAUACCACGAUUUGUCUCAUCGGAGGAGAGAACAACUGCUCAGGACGAGUGGAAGUGCGUUUCCAGGAACAGUGGGGAACAAUCUGUGAUGAUGGGUGGGAUAUGAAGGAUGCAGAAGUCGUCUGUAGACAGAUAGGAUGCGGCUCAGCUAUUAACGCUACUACAGAGGCCAUGUUUGGAAAUGGAACCGGUCCCAUAUGGCUGAGUGAGGUGCAAUGUAAAGGAUAUGAGCGAGAUCUAGAGGAUUGCUGGUCUAAACGCUGGAAUAAAAGCGAUUGUCUCCACAAAGAAGAUGCUGGAGUCAUAUGUCAUGGUCAUGAAGACCUGAAGAGUAUUACUCCGACUGUAUCGACCAGAAAGAGAGCCCAACUUACCACACCACAACCUACCUCUCCUAUCUCCAAUGUGUUCCUUAUCAUCUCCAUUAUUUUUCUGCUCCUUCUCGGUAUUGCCGUCAUUACAAUAGUAUACUUGUUAAGACAAUCCAAGUGGUAUAAGAAGGUUCUUAGAAACAUCAGUUCGGGUUCUUUCCAUGAUCCGGUGUAUGAAGAAAUUGAUUUUAGGUUAAUGGAGACAAACCAGAACUUGUCCCAAAAAUCAGUUGACCUCAGUGAUCUUGGAGAGAAGCUGGAAUACUACUACAUCUGA